GCACAAAACAAAUGAGGAAGCAAUAAAUCAGCAAAAGAGGAGGAGCUGUGUGUUCUUAACUGUUUUUAACCCCAACAUCUAUUGCUUUGUCAUUGGAGCUGGUCUAAAAGUUGGAUCUAAUUCAAUCAUUUGUGUGUGUGAAACCUACAGAGGCUGGGAGGAAGCUGGAACAUUUGCUGUUUGUACACUGAGGACACAAAAAAAGAGGCGAUAAUGGCUAAUGGCAGAGGCUGUAUCUACACUUGUGAUGGGGCUCAUGUCCCUUUAGAUGAGCUGAUGGAGAGCAAUCCUGAACACACCUACCUGAGGAAGCAAAACAUUCCCUGGUAUCCUAUAUAUCACUUUCAAGAGUCCAACGUUUGCCAUGUAACUGAUAAAUCUGGCCUGUAUGGAGUCUUCAAAGACAAGGGAUUCAGAAGUGGUGAUACUGAUAGAUUCCUGUGGUGGGGCCUUUCAAUAUCUGAUAAGUCAAAACAACAAAAGGAGGAAUUUGCUACUUCUCCCGCAUUCCAAACUGAAUCCAUUUAUGGCAACUUCCGCUUCACUUUUCCUCUAACAGAGCUCCUGAGCGCAUACAGCAAGCAGUACUGCAAUGGAACUUCUCCGAUUCUACGUGUGUUAGACACCAGGCUCUUCAAGCAAGAGAUUCUCUAUUCAGUUUUGGUGCAUCCACGAUACAUGCGGCACUACAGGAAAUAUCCUCGCUUACCUGUUGAUUCUGAGCAUUUGUGUGGGUACAGAGAAAAGAAAAUGACCUGGUGCUGUCAGUCUCCUUCAAAUAACUAUGAAUACAGCCAGUAUUUGGACGAGGGUGGUGAAAUAUAUGUCGGUCCACUGGGAAGGAACGAAUAUUAUGUAUGGGAUAAUGUAGCUGUGGUGUUCCACAUGAAGAAGGAUUGGGUUCUGAAAUUAGGUCACAGAAGGCUUUUUGAUCACUUGAGUGUAUGUGAGAUAGCUUCACAUAACCCGUUAAAUAAGACGGAAAUGUCUGUCCAGGAGGCUGAGGCAGAAGUACUGAAUUUGAAAAGAAAGUUUAAUCUUUGAAAUAUGUUUCUUAUCUUUGAUCAGAGGAGGUUGGUCUUGGUUCUGAAGUUAAACAAAAGUUGUAAUUUGAACAGAACAGCCAGACCACUUCAUUAAAUUCAUAAUGAAACUAAUAUGCCACAGCAUUUUUACUGUUCUUCUGAGUUUUCUUGGUAAGAAGAUAUUCAUUUUCUAUAACUGUAUCUCUACUUGAAUUACAUUUGUUUAAUUGUUGAUUUGGUGAAGCUUUCUGUAAGAUGUUCAUUUGACAAUUAUGGAAGGUGUCUUCAGUGUCAGAACUGUUAUUCUAACGUUGAGUAAGUUUUCAAGACUAGCUGAUCUCUGAAUAAUGUCUCCUAGUUGAUUGUGAAACUUCAAGAGCCUUGCAGUUUCCGUUCUGCCUUUUUUUCAUUAUAUUGAAUAUAUAAAACUUUAAUAAGUGCUUCUGUACAAGUAUACAUAUAUUAUACAUAUAUAUCAGCUAACAUUUAGUUUGUUACUUUGUUCAAUGUUUUUAUAUCAUGGUAUUUCUGCAUCUUUAAAAGUACAUUUGUUCUGUUAUUGUAUUUUUCUUGUUGUUUUUUUACACUUUGACACAAAAAUGCAUUAAAAUUAAUGUCAAUAGAUGUCCUUUGUCACAUUUUAUGACUGCAAGGAUGGAUAGAGUUCAAACAGAUGACCAGAUAAAAGAAACUAUGGCCCUGUGCCUUAAAUGCCAGGACAGAGCAGGAGGUGCAGCGUGUGAUGGACCACUUCUCAUCAUGUGCCGACUUCAUUAGCACCACAAAGAGAAAAGUCAUGUUUCUGCAUGUUCCUGGCAAGCCAUACCUGGAGCUAACAAUCAGUAGGACUGCCAAAUCUUGUGACACCU